GUUCGAUCCCUCACGCCAUGCACCCCCAGUGCGUGUCCCGCCUCAGGUGAUGCCCCACCAGCACCACUCUACCAGCCUUGCCAUAGCCUUCGGGGGCCACGAGGAAGCAAAGCGACCACAUCACGGGGCCUUAGGCGCGGGGACUUUGUGGACCAGUCGAGGACCAAGUUGCCGUCCACUUCCGCGCCGGCUCAUUGCCACAUGUCGAAAUCUCCGACUCUUCUGGUUUCAGAGAGGAACGUCCACGCCUGCCAUGCUCACUCAUGAUUAGUCUCUCCGAAACGGCAAGCCGGGCGGGAUGCCUCGCGAGACAGACAACAGCGAGUCGAUGGCGGCUCGACAUGGUCCCUUUCGGCCAUCAUCUUCGCACGGCGCACGGUGCACUUGCGACGCUGCCCGCAGCAUGUCUGGGCUGUCUCGCGCACACGGCGUUGCAUCGCUUCUGGCCCCACGAAAUCGAGGGCUGUUGGCGGGGCAAAGACUGGGGUCGCGGGAUGGGCCGACGGCGGCAAGACAUGGCUCGGCAACGGGGCAGUACUCAGAGACAGCGCGGAGCUGGCGGGCAAACGUCGAUUCUGAAUCCUCCAGGGCGACAGCAGGAGCUGGCACGACACCAGAGGCUAUUUCUCGAUUAUUUCCCUGGCUUGACAUGGUGUUCAAGUGAUGAGCUCGUCACUGCUGCAAGUGAGCAAGACGUGUGCUAUAACAGACGGCCUUCUUAACGUGUUCAUCGGACGACCAAGCCGUUGUCUACUACAUGGACCAUGACUACUUAGUUUACACCUAAUAUAUACGGGCGAAUCUAUUAGGGAAAACAGAUGUUUAUCGCUCUGUGAUUAACGACGGUCGUA